AUGCACUGUGUGCUGGAGACACACGGGACUAAACCCUCUGCCUUCCUCUCCCUUGGCAGGAAUUUCUACUAUAUCACCAUUCUGCGUGACCCCGUCUCCCGAUACCGGAGCGAAUGGCGCCACGUCCAGCGAGGAGCCACAUGGAAAGCGUCCCUGCACGUCUGCGACGGCCGGUCCCCAACCACCGAGGAGCUGCCCAGCUGCUACACGGGGGACGACUGGUCAGGCUGUUCCCUGCAGGAGUUCAUGGAUUGUCCCUACAACCUCGCCAACAACCGCCAGGUCCGCAUGCUCUCCGACCUCAGCCUGGUGGGAUGCUACAACCUGUCGGUCAUGCCCGAGGAGCAGAGAAAUAAGGUUCUGCUAGACAGUGCCAAGGAGAACCUGAAGCGGAUGGCCUUCUUCGGCCUGACUGAAUUUCAGCGGAAGACUCAGUAUCUCUUUGAGAAGACUUUCAACAUGAACUUCAUCUCGCCAUUCACUCAGUACAAUAGCACAAGGGCCUCCAGCGUGGAGAUAGAUGAGCAGACUCAGCAGCGCAUUGAGACCCUCAAUUUUUUAGACAUGGAAUUGUACGAUUAUGCAAAAGACCUGUUUUUGCAGCGGUACCAGUACAUGCGGCAGAAGGAGCACCAAGAAGCGCGGCGGAAACGCCAGGAGCAACGCAAGAUCUUGAGGGCGAAGCAAGCGCGCCUGAGAGAGCAGGGUGAGAACAGCUCCAGCACUGACUACAUAGGGAACGUGGAGCGGUGGCGGCGGUAGGACUGGGCUGGGGGACACGCUGGACACCGAAAGCCAAGCAGAACCCAACCCAACCCAACCCGCCGAUCGGAGACGAAGGAGCAGCCCAAACAAAUUACACUUCUCGAGGGUUUGAAGCAAAAAGAGGUUAAAAUGUUGCCUUUGCAGUUGCCUUUGCAGUAAAUGUUGUACUGUACGUGGAACACUUAAUCUUAGUGUGUAAUUAAAUUGUCCUUUUUAGGUUUGUUGGAUUAUUUAUGACAUACAGGAGCCAAGUAGGCUCAUCGGAAAUGGUUGCUUGGACGUUUAUUUAAAAGAAAAGAAAGAAAAAAAAAAAAAAUCCGUAAAUUAGUUAUAUGGGAUGCUGGAAAAUGUUUAUGAUGCUCGGCUGAAAUCUAUCUGGGAAGCAAACUCAUUUCCUAAUAAUGAGCAUUUAGCAUACUCUCACAAUACAAUAUAUGAGCAAAACCUUUUCCCUUUGAUUUUAUCUUAAUUUUAUUUUAAUAAUGUGUUUUCAAGGGCACCGACUGCUUAUGAUAUUUACCAAGUUAAUGAAUGGAUGAUGAAGGGAACCAUAAAGGUCUAGAAAAAAUAUUGACUAGUUUUAUGUGUAAUAUUGGCUUUUAAAAGGAAUAGAAGUAAUUUCUCUAGUUAUAUAAAUAUUUAAAAUUUUAAACUUUUUCUACCUACUGCUGUUUAGAGUUUUAAGCUUGGUCUAUCUCAUAUUUAAAAAAAAAAAAGAAAAAAAAAAAAGAGACAUACAUAAGUUUCUGAACUUAAUGCCAAUGUUAAAGACACUGUGUCCAGAAUUUUUCAGGGCAGUAUGAUUUUAACCAUUCUGGAAAAGUUAUAGCACAUCUUCAUGUUUCAUAAAACCUUUUCCAAAUUAUAAUCUUGUGACAGUGUCUAAUUUUAAGUCUGUCUUACCCGUUAGAAUACAUAACGCUGAAUUUAUCGUUCCUUAAUAAUUGGUGGUAUAAACUAGAUGAAAUUAUGUUGCGGAUAUUUGUGUAGUGUCUUUAAAAAGUCAUAAAACUCU